AUGGUCGGAAGGAAGCGCAGCAUUCCGCGGCGGGGCGGCGGCCGGCAACAAGCGAGUCGCGGCGGCGGCGAUGAGCCCGACAUCUAUCAGCAGAUGCUGGCGGAGGCCGGAGUCUCUGCGCCGGCUGCGAGCUCACCAGAGAGGCCGUUGAAGAGGAGACGCGAAGCUGCUUCGUCGCAGAGUCAGAAGGUGGCAGAGAAGGCCGAGCCUGCGAAAGAACCAUUGGUUGGGGAGGCAUCGAGACCGAAGAUUGCUCAGCCGGGUGUACGGGAUGAGGAAGAAGACGAAGACGACGAUGAAGACAUGGAAUUCGAAGACGUCGCCAUUCCAGAACCCACUGUCCAGACCGUCGAGCUGGAUUCAGAAGACGAUGAGGACGAUGAGGACGAAGCCCUUCAAUUCGAGGACGUGCAGUUCAACAUGCCCUUACCGGAUGAAGACUCCGGGUCACAGGAGCCAAAGGAGCUAGAACUCAAUCUCUCGGCACAAAAGUCUGCCAUGACGUCGUCAAAACAAGGGGCAGACCGACGAAAGCCGCUCACCAGGGAAGAAAAAGAGCGUCGCAUUGCUAUCCACAAGACUCACCUGCUCUGUCUACUGUCUCAUGUGGCCAAGCGAAAUCAUUGGUGCAAUGACACGCAAGUUCAAGAGUCCCUUCGACCUCACCUGACGGACAAGAUGGUUCAGUAUCUGACUCCGGGGACGAACCUGUCGCAGUUUGGAAGGACCGAGAGCCUCAAGAACGGGCUGAAGCUCGUUGCAGACAUGUGGAAGAGCAAGUUUGAAAUUACAGAGCGCGGCAUGAGGAGAGCUUUGUGGGCAGAAACGGUAGAAGAUCUUGAUAGCUAUGAACUUCCGGAUGACAUGGAAUCAUGUCUGGAUAAGUCUGAUUUUAGAGAAGCAGCAAAGACGCUACAGGGCUCACGCGAUGUCGGAGCCCAGUUGUAUUGCGCCCUGCUACGAAGCGUUGGUGUUCGUGCUCGACUCGUUUCAAAGUAUAGAGAAAUGGCGGCUGCCGCCUCAUCCACCUCUGCCGCGGGUCCUUCUACUGCUAGACGCAGAUUAGGCCACCCAAACGCAUCAGACUACAAGUUCGAGCCCACGGCUGCCCCCAGCAGGCCUCGCCCGACCUUUGCGUCGCCCAAGAAGAUACGAGAGUCUUCUUACCCAAUAUACUGGGUAGAGAUCCUCGACGUUGGGCAUCAGAAAUGGCAGCCUACGGACCCUGUGGUGACAAAUACAUUUUGGAAGCCGAGAGUGUUUGAACCGCCGAUUACCGAUAAAGAAAACUGCCUGUGCUACGUUGUGGCUUUCAACGAAGAUGGCACUGCGAAGGAUGUGACCCGACGGUAUGCCAAGGGAUAUACAGCAAAGACACGGAAACUCCGCAUAGAGACAGCGGCGGAAGAUGGCAAGAAGUGGUGGCGCAAAGUCAUGAGGAUGUAUCAGCCUGCAGUAGUGGAUGACCUGGACCAGAUUGAAGACAUUGAGCUUGCCAGCGUCGAGGCGAGAGAGCCCAUGCCCAAGAAUGUGCAGGACUUCAAAGGCCAUCCAGUAUAUGCCUUGGAGCGCCACCUCCGUCGACAUGAGGUCCUCGCUCCCGGGGCCGUACCGUCUGGAACGGUCGCAGCUGGAGCCCGAGCUCCCCUGGAAAAGGUGUAUCGGCGAAAAGAUGUCCGGAUCGCGAGGAGUGCUGAGAAGUGGUUUCGACUCGGCCGUGAAGUCAAGCCCAAUGAAAUUCCCGCGAAAUGGCUGCCCAAGAGAGUGCAGAAAAGGAGGUUCGGGCGUUUUGAAGAAGAAGAAGAACAAGAGUCAAACGAGGGCGAUGCGGGGAUUCCAAUCUACACCUCGGAUCAGACGGAGCUGUAUGAGCCGCCUCCCGUCCGAAACGGACGCGUGCCGAAGAACAAGUUUGGCAACAUUGAGGUGUACGUGCCCAGCAUGGUUCCGAAAGGUGGCGUCCACAUAGCGAGCGAGCAUGCCAGGCGUGCGGCAUACCUGCUAGGAAUUGACUGCGCGCCGGCGCUCACGGGAUUCCAGUUCAAAGGACGACAGGGCACGGCUGUUUUGAAUGGGGUUGUCGUGGCAAAAGAGCACGAAGAAGCCGUUCGCGCGACCAUUCAAGGCAUGCUUGACCUGCAGCAAGAGAUGGAGGAGGACAAGAGGCGGUACGUGGCACUGAAGCUCUGGCGGCGGUUCCUCAUGGGCUUGAGGAUUCGGGAGAGGAUCUGGAGCGGUGUCGGCGAGGAGGAGAGGAAGGAGGCGGACAGACAGGCUGAGCUAGAGGCCGAGUUAGGAGGGGCGGAGAGCGACGAGACGGAGGAGUUUGAUAUGGUUGUUGACGAUGAUGACGAGGAGGGCGGGGGGUUCUUGGUGGAGUAA